UCUUUUAGUUGACGAAUCUCCCUGAAAUACCGUGGACGCAGCAGGCAAAAGCUAGCUGUAACGUGUUGUGUGCCAGUGCUUGUGUGACUCAUUCGACUGCAUCCCGGAAUCGAUUUAUCAGGAAAAGGGAACAAUUCAAUACAAAUUGAAACGGUGUGGACAGUGUCACCCGUUGGAGCAAUGUCUUACCCAAUGUCGUCGAACCAGUCGCGACCAGUAUCCCACGGGAACUACCAGGGGCCAUGUGACCUACCAAUGGGUUCGUCAAAGGAGCAAACCCUGAUGUGGCAGCAGAACUCAUACAUGGGUGAUUCUGGAAUCCACUCUGGAGCAGCGACUCAGGCACCCUCGCUCUCUGGUAAAGAGGAUGACGAGAUGGAGGGCGACCAGUUGAUGUUCGACCUGGACCAGGGUUUCACCCAGAGCCUCACCCAGGACCAAAUAGACGAGGUGAAUCAACAGCUGAGUCACACACGUUCCCAGCGUGUGCGAGCAGCAAUGUUCCCUGAAACCCUGGAGGAGGGAAUUGAGAUCCCCUCGACUCAAUUCGAUCCUGCCCAGCCAACAGCUGUCCAGCGAUUGGCAGAGCCCAGCCAGAUGCUCAAACACGCUGUUGUCAACCUGAUAAAUUACCAGGACGAUGCUGACCUGGCGACAAGAGCUAUUCCAGAAUUGAUAAAGCUACUGAAUGAUGAGGAUCAAGUGGUGGUGUCACAGGCUGCCAUGAUGGUCCAUCAGCUGUCGAAGAAGGAGGCGUCUCGUCAUGCCAUAAUGAAUAGCUCCCAGAUGGUGGCAGCUCUAGUCAGAGCUAUCUCCAACAGCGAUGAUCUGGAGUCGACGAAAGCUGCUGUGGGAACUCUUCACAAUUUAUCCCAUCACAGACAGGGUCUUCUCGCCAUAUUCAAGAGUGGAGGAAUUCCUGCUCUUGUUAAACUCCUCAGUUCUGGAGUUGAGUCAGUUCUCUUCUACGCCAUCACCACUCUCCAUAAUCUACUGUUGCAUCAGGAUGGCUCCAAAAUGGCUGUUCGUCUUGCUGGAGGAUUGCAGAAGAUGGUUGCACUAUUGCAACGUAAUAAUGUCAAGUUCUUGGCCAUUGUUACUGAUUGCCUCCAGAUUCUGGCGUAUGGCAACCAGGAGAGCAAACUUAUCAUUCUGGCCUCACAGGGACCUAUCGAACUCGUUAGGAUCAUGAGGUCUUAUGAUUAUGAGAAGCUCUUGUGGACCACUUCGAGGGUUUUGAAAGUGUUGUCAGUAUGCUCCAGCAACAAGCCAGCGAUUGUCGAUGCUGGUGGGAUGCAGGCAUUGGCCAUGCAUUUGGGUAAUCCGAGUCAGAGGCUUGUGCAGAAUUGUCUCUGGACACUUAGAAAUCUCUCCGAUGCUGGGACCAAGGUCGAUGGACUCGAGGGACUCCUUCAGGGAUUGGUGCAGGUCCUUGCGUCCAGUGAUGUCAAUGUCGUAACUUGUGCCGCUGGGAUACUGUCUAAUCUCACGUGCAAUAAUCAACGUAACAAGGCAACAGUUUGUAACGUUGGAGGUGUGGAUGCCCUCGUUCGCACAAUUGUGAACGCAGGUGAUCGUGAAGAGAUCACAGAGCCAGCAGUCUGUGCCCUUCGUCAUCUCACAUCACGACACGUAGAAGCAGAAAUGGCACAGAAUGCUGUACGUGUCAACUACGGUAUCCAGGUGAUAGUGAAGCUUCUGCAUCCACCAUCCCGUUGGCCACUGGUUAAAGCAGUCAUUGGACUCAUUCGGAAUUUAGCAUUGUGCCCUGCCAAUCAUGCACCCUUGCGUGAACAUGGGGCUAUUCACCAUCUCGUUAGACUGCUUGGGCGGGCAUUCCAGGAUACAGAAAGGCAAAGAGCAUCGGUGACGGGCAUGGGAAGUCAGCAAGCGUAUGCGGAUGGUGUUCGUAUGGAAGAAAUCGUUGAAGGAACUGUCGGUGCACUCCACAUCCUCGCUAGGGAAUCACAUAACAGGGCCAUUAUACGGGCUCAAAGUGUCAUUCCAAUCUUCGUUCAACUACUGUUCAAUGAAAUUGAGAAUAUCCAGCGUGUGGCAGCUGGUGUCCUCUGCGAGCUGGCCUCUGACAAAGAAGGUGCUGAAAUGAUAGAGCAGGAAGGUGCAACAGCACCUCUCACAGAACUUCUCCAUUCGCGCAAUGAGGGUGUUGCAACGUACGCAGCAGCUGUGCUGUUUCGUAUGAGUGAGGAUAAGCCUCAGGACUACAAGAAACGUCUCUCACUUGAGCUGACCAAUUCACUAUUCCGUGAGGAUCCCAAUAUGUGGAAUAAUGCGGAUUUCGGAAUGGGUCCAGAUCUACAGGACAUGCUCGGCCCUGACCAAGGAUAUGACGGUAUGUAUGGACAGGGACCUCCUAGUGUUCACAGCAGUCACGGGGGCCGUGGUUAUCAACCCCAAGCCGGUUAUGACCAGAUACCAAUAGACUCAAUGCAAGGAUUAGAAAUAGGCGGUGGUUCAACGUAUGGCGCAAUGGACGCUAUGGAUGUGGCACACGAGGGUGAUUUGAGCUUUGAUCAUCUGGCUGAGCUUCCAGCGCCGCCGCAAGAUAACAAUCAAGUUGCAGCCUGGUACGACACAGACUUGUAAAAAAAUUAUUGCCUAAAAAGGGUGAUAUUUUCUUUAAAUUUCUGUGAGGACAGUCCGCGCUGGGGGCUCUCGAAACAUUAACGAGGGCCGGGUGAAAUAGUAUUUUUUAUUGAAUUCAUUUGGCAUGACGUUCAUGAAUAAAAUAUCACCAAUUGAAACAAGCCAGAGAAUCAAUCUUUGAUUUGCUAGAAUUUUUUCUUUCUUUUUUUUCUUUUCAACGAGGAGAAAACCCCAUUCUCCCAUUUUUUAUUCAUCAAAUCCAUAUUUACCCAUUCAUUCGUGAAUUUACACGUCAAGUGUUCUCGACAAUUUGCCCAGAGUAUUAAUUGAAAUGUAACUGACAUCUUUCAAUCAGCAAUUGUUAUUUUAUUCAUCAACUCAACGACGAAUUAAUCUUUAUUUUAGCCAAUGGCUAAUGAAUUCUAUUAUUUUUUCUAUGUAUUUUAAUUUUUAUAUUAUAUAUUAUUAUAUACCUUAUUGUCGUGUAAUACGCAGGAUAUGCCUUCCAUCCAGGCUCUUAUUCAUUCUUUCGUUGACGUUUUUUUUUUUGCAAUUGAUAAAUAAUCGACUGAGAUAAGAGAGAAUAUUUGUUAUACAAAAUGAAAUUACGUCUCGUGUAUUUUUUAUUUGUCUAUAAUCCCGUUAAUGAGAAAUCUUCGUAACAUAGUAUUAUAAGAAUUGGUACUGUUUUUUUCGAGAACCAUUCAACACUCAACACGAAUAAAUUAAGGAUAAUCAUCGCAAUUUGAAGAUUGACAGGCCAUAAUGAUAAACAAUCCCUUUUUCAUGCGAUUUCUGAGGGAAUUUGAAGAUAAACAAACUAUUUAUACAAUUUUUCGUCCCCCUGAAGUGUUAGUGCAGCUCGACUAUGAAUUAAAUUAAUUACAAUCACGUAUUAAACAUAAUUAUAUCAAUGGAUUUUUCGCAUUAUACAUUUUACAGGGUAGUGAUGAGGAGAACACAAAUCAAGAUGAAUUAAAAUUAAAUAUAUAUUAAUUUCAUUUAUCAUUAAUUAAUAUGUAGGUAAAAUUGCACCGAACGGAUUUUUUGGGUAUCAGUACGAAAAUCCGUGCGUCGUCAAUGUAAAUUAGGUUUAACGACAGAAGUAAAGGAUAAACAACAUGAAUCGAAUAUGUAAUUCGUACACAAUUCGUAAAGGUAUAUGUAUCGUUUAAUUGUCCAUACGAAUACAAUAAAAACGUCAAAAAUCAA